GAUGAAUAACACAACAGCACCCUUUGCUCUGCCUAUGAAUCUAAACAUUGAUCAAGCAAGCCCUGUAUGGAUGAACAAAGGCGACAAUGCAUGGCAGCUGACAGCGGCAACGUUGGUCGGUCUCCAGAGCGUUCCGGGGCUUAUUAUCUUAUACGGUGGUGCAGUGAAGAAGAAAUGGGCAGUGAAUUCAGCAUUCAUGGCCCUUUAUGCUUUUGCUUGUGUUCUUGUUUGUUGGGCUAUCUGGGGUUAUAGAAUGUCCUUUGGGAAUGAGUUGGUUCCAUUCUGGGGAAAGGCCAAUAUUGCACUUGACCAGAAGUUUCUGCUUGAUCCGGCAUUCUCUGGAAAGUUUCCCAGUGCUACAAUGGUGUAUUUUCAGUCUGUUUUUGCAGCAAUCACUUUGAUUCUGAUUGCUGGAGCAGUACUCGGACGGAUGAACUUCUACGCCUGGAUGAUCUUUGUGCCUCUCUGGCUAACCUUCUCAUAUACUUUUUCUGCCUUUAGUAUUUGGUGUCCACAAGGGUUUUUCUUCAAGAAGGGACUUAUUGAUUAUUCUGGAGGAUAUGUGAUCCAUUUGUCCUCUGGAGUUGCUGGUUUCACAGCCGCGUUUUGGGUCGGUCCUCGCCUGACCAAGGACAGGGAAAGGUUUCCUCCAAACAAUAUUCUACUCAUGUUAAUGGGUGCAGGACUACUUUGGAUGGGAUGGACAGGAUUUAAUGGGGGAGACCCUUAUGUUGUAAGCACUGAUGCUUCCUUGGCAGUCUUGAACACCCACAUAUGCACUGCUACAAGCUUGCUCACCUGGAUUUGUUUGGACAUCUUGUUCUUCAAGAAAGCUUCUGUCAUUGGUGCAGUCCAAGGCAUGAUCACUGGCUUGGUUUGCAUCACUCCUGCCGCCGGGGUUGUGCAAGGAUGGGCAGCAAUAAUAAUGGGGAUAUGUUCAGGGUCAAUUCCCUGGUUCACCAUGAUGGUUGUUCACAAGAAUUCUGAGAUCCUUCAAAAGGUUGAUGACACAAUGGCUGUUUUCCACACUCAUGCCGUUGCAGGUACCCUCGGCGGGAUCCUAACCGGACUCUUCGCAGAGCCAAGGCUGAGCUAUCUAUUUUAUGGUUCAUAUGGUGACUAUGUGGGAUUGUUUUAUGGUAUCCAAAUGGGGAUAGUUCGAAAGGGUCUAAGGCAAAUUGGGAUUCAAAUCCAGGGGAUUCUGUUUGUGGUGAUGCUCAAUAUUUUGAGCACAAGCAUUAUAUGUCUUGUGAUUAGGAUGUUCAUUCCUCUAAGGAUGUCGGAUGCGGAUAUGGAGAUUGGAGAUGAAGCUGCUCAUGGUGAAGAAGCUUAUGCUUUGUGGGGUGAAGAUGACAAGAUUUGAGAAUUUUGACAAGUUGGUUCAUAGCAAUGUGGAAGGAAUUGACUGAUAAGUAGGAAUUUGUUGUGGGAGAUAAUGCUUGUG